AUGGCUGUUCGAGUGCGCAAGUCCCAUGUAUUCGUGCGAGACCCAAGCAGACUCGCCGUACUCGAGUCUCCCGGACCUGGGGAUUCUAACCAAAGCAGCAGAAAUAGAGGCGUUGAUGAGCUAUCUCGUAAAAGCCCACCUAAUCCGGGGAUCAGCCUGGGUGGACAUGGUGCUUCUCGAGGAUCAUCUUCAAGCACCUUAGAAGGAACCAGACAAGUGAGACACAAAACGACUCUGCCCGUUGAAGCCAUCCGCUCUACUGCGUAUGUAUAUCAAGCAAACGAGGUCAAUAUAAUCCGACGUGAACUAGACUCGAACUCGUCCCUUUCCACAAGCCGUAGGCAUGUGUUGGAGUCUGCCCUAUCUUUGAUUGGUGACUUUAGCAAUCCCUCACAUUCAGUCGAAAGCUCAAGCUAUGAUCAAGAGCUAGAUGAUGAUACACCAGAUAAUGUGGGACUUCCAGAAUUGUUCUUCAUGAUGAUGAAUCCUUGUCCCGAUUAUUCUACGCCAUGGAAACUUCACUGGCCCGAUCACAUAUCUCUUGAGACGUUUGAGACAAUGUGUCUGGCGGUUGUGAAUGGUCAGGCGACCGGUCAGAUAGCAUCUCAAUAUAAAGUCUGUAUAUUUGCAAGAGCAGUCACCUACAUUAACAGAUGGCUGCGUAUAUGUACGUCCAGCGAACUGGCGCAAGCCCUAGAAGCUUCGAAGAAGAAGUAUAUAACGGCUGCCCUCCGGUCAAUUCGAGAACUUGAUAUUCUGCACAAACCGAGCCUAUUGAUGCUCCAGUCCUUGCUUUCGGCAGUCAACCUGAUGCAAACUUUGGGUGAUACUACUCAAGCUUGGACUUUGACGGCUUUCGCAUCGAGACUCCUGGUGGCACUGGGUUAUCAUAACGUGGACUCAAGGAUGCUUGAAGAGUGUGACAGGUCUCAUGAAAUACGUCGCUGUAUACGAUGGUGCUACUACUUUGAUAAGGUUCUGAGUAUGCUUCUAGUGCGACCACCAUCCUUGCCAGCGCUGAGUGUUGAGCCAGCCUCGUUGCUUCUAUCAAGGCAAGCAGACCCUUUAGAUAUGAAAGGCAAUAUUUUAAUUAAGCUGGCGCAUGUGCUGGAUGGUGCCCUUUCUGUACUGACGCCUGGUGAUGGAAUUCCUGAUAACCAGACUCUGGGAACCAUCACUCGCUUAGAAGUCGAAUUACAAGACAUAUGGGAAGAGCUGUGUGAGGCAAGAGCGAAAUCAAGUGACACAAUAGAACUGCGCUUGGAAUGGGAUGCAGUGGACUUCACCUAUCAUUCUAUCAUAACAACAAUCUUGCGACUCAAUUCGGUUUCCUUACAUGACCAUCGUGUACGUGAACGCUGUUUAUCUCAUGCCCGCAGAGCAUUACGUUCAAUGAAUGUGCUGCAAUAUCAUAUUUUGCGGGGUGAACAGAUUUACCACGAUUUUGUGUUCUGGACCGUACUUCUCUACCCACUUACGCCUUUUUUCAUCAUCUUUUGCAAUGUCAUUGCGACAUCCAAUCGCGAGGACUAUAAUCUUUUAACCCAAAUAACAGCGGCCUUAUCCCGCAUCAAGGAGUGUAACCCUUCAAUAUUCCGAUUGCAUGGGCUGUUUUCACAGUUCACAGCCUUGUGCGAUCAGCUUUAUGAGACCAUUGCUCAGGAUGCUUCGCAGCAGCAUGAACAAUCCAUGGAGGCAAUCAGAAGCCAGCACACUGCAGUUGCUAACUCUAAUGAUGUUAACAUAUCGGUAUAUCCUCAACUCCAUGAAUCGCUUACGGCAAGGGCACACAGCAGUGAUAGCACUCAACUAGGAAGCUCAGAGCAACAGGUGCUGUAUUCGCAUGCACUCGAUCCUGGGUCUAGUGCGGAAGGGAUAUCUCAGCAACCUUCGUCAAUGUGGGAUGACGGGCUUAUGUGGGAACUUUUCAAUAUCCAGCCAACUGUUGAAUGGUUUGAUGCGGGGUAUAAAGAUAGCGCGACUGGGCUAUGA